UAAUAACUAAUCAACUGGUAGGGGAAUCCAUUCUGAAAUAUCUACAUUAUAUAAUACAGACGGACAGUGGCCAGCAAGGCCACUCUCUGGUUUCACACCAAACAAGUUCGCAAGGACUCAGAUCUUUUAGUUUUUGACUAUUUAAAAAGUGCAAUAUGCAGAGGUGGUGUGAAAAAGUAGCUGUUGUGACAGGAGCAAGUGCAGGAAUAGGACAAGCAAUUGCUCACAAACUAGUUGCAAAUGGAAUGCAGGUGGUCGGUCUAGCAAGACGCCAAGAACGACUUGACGAGCUUGAAGAGAAACUAAGCGGAUUGAAAGGGAAGUUUUUUGGGCGAAAAACUGAUGUAUCUAAAAAAGAAGAUAUCAUAGAUGCUCUCCAGUGGACAACGAAGAAUGUAGGCCCUCCAUCUCUACUAGUUAAUAAUGCUGGCAUUAUUUCUAAUGGUCCGGUUUUGGGAGGAGAUCUCGAUGGUUGGAAAGCGCUUUUUGACACCAAUAUAUAUGGACUGGCAGUUGCAACUAGCGAAGUGCUCAAAAUUAUGAAGGAAAAUAAUAUCGAUGAUGGGCACAUCAUCAAUAUCAACAGCAUUUGUGGUCACAGGACACUGCAGCUUCCUGAUCAAAAUGUCUAUCCUGCGUCAAAAUACGCUGUCACUGCUUUUACAGAGGUGACAAGAAAGGAACUUGCAGCUGCUAAAAGUAAAAUAAGAGUCACGAGUAUUAGCCCUGGUUUGGUACAUACAGAAAUUUUUGCAGAGGACAAAAUCCCACCCGGCUCACUUUUGACGUCAUUUUUGAAGACAAAUCCCAUACUUCAGUCUGAAGAUGUUGCUGAUGCUGUGAUUUUUGCGGUAGGAUCGCCAGCACAUGUACAGAUUUCCGAGUUGACCAUACAGCCCACAGGAGAAAUGUUUUGAUUUGACGGCGAGAGGUCAGUAGUAUCUGGUACCCGAUUAUACACCAGUGGAUACCUAUAGCUUAUCUUAUAAUAAUACGAUUUAUAUUUUUAUAUUAAAGCACUAUGGCAUAAUA